CGACUUGGCGCCAAGUGGAAAAUCAAGCGCACCUGCCGCAAUCACACUGCCAAAGCUCACCUCCGACGACAGAACCUCGCAGCACGUUCGCACAAAUACCGUCGCCAUGGCCAAGUCAAAGAACUCGUCUCAGCACAACCAGGCUAAGAAGAACCACAAGAACGGUAUCAAGAAGCCAAAGACCAACCGAUACCCUUCGCUCAAGGGAACCGACCCUAAGUUCCGGAGAAACCACAGACAUGCUCUUCACGGCACCAUGAAGGCAUUGAAAGAGGUCAAGGAAGGCAAGCGCGAUGCGGCAUAAAUGAAUUUUGUCCAUUGAGUUUUGCUUUUCACUACUGCUGGGACCUGGAGCAUACCACACGGCGGUCUGACAUUACGGCUUCGACACGAGAGCAUGCCAUGGCGCAAAAGCGAGAGAAGGGAUGGAAAUGGCAUUGCGAGAAGGGAGAUACCUGCCUGCUUGAGAAAGGCCUCAUGACGAAGGUAGCUGAAUUGCAUGCCUGAACUGACAAGUCCGCCUUCUCCACCACGAACCUCUCACCAAAAGGUAAGCUGCGGCGGUACCAGGCGCGUCUACCACUCGGACCUCGGGUUGCGCUCUCCGAUCCAUGGUGUUUCUCCCUUUCCUUCUUUGUUCUAUCCCACGGCAGCAGUGUGUACAACGCCUCGCACAAUCUCCAUGCUUCAGCGUUGAAGGAAAAUCUAUCAUGCCAAGAUUGAGUCUUUUCGGAGCAUACCAUGUCAUUACCAAACACAAACGCUGUUUCUGUCGGCGUUUGUGCAUGAAGACUGUGGUUACAGACCAUUGAUACAAAGCUUCUUUCUCUGUGAAGAGGGGGAAGCCGAUCGAGAAGAGUAGGUAGCUACGCAAUUCGAAUUUGUUGACCUUGCCCUACGCUGU